UUGACAAUGUCCCCCUAUAACAGGUUGGUUCCUUCCAAAGGGCAAGAUGGCUUCCUGUGGAACUUGUGAAUCUGUUUGCCGAAGUUUUGUGUGUUUCUUGCUCCUAGGAAUCGUUAGUCCGUCCAGAUCACCGGUCUACAAGCUGGUUCCGACAUGGCCGCUGGUUCCCUCACACUUCCAGGCACAGGAGUUCAGCACAGGCGUGCUGGUUGGUGGGAAUGUGGACGAAGUCUUCGUGGCACAGAGAGGCAAUGUCAGCACCAAAAUGAAUGUGUUCUCGGAGGAUGGUACGUUCCUGCGUAGCUGGGAGACAGAGAAAAUCGACAUGCCCCAUGGGACCAGGGUGCACAUUCCCGCAGGGAAGACAUCAGCUGAUGCACAGAUAUGGGUCACUGAUGUGGGCAGUGGGCCCUGGGGUCACACUGUUAAAGCCUUUGACAGGAACGGCACACUGUUACAUGUCCUGGGUACGCCGGGGCAGGCAGGGACAGGGAAGAACCCGGUACAGUUCGACCAACCUGCAGACGUGGCUUUCAACGCUAAGGGAGAAAUGUACGUGGUGGAUGGAGACGGAGGGCUGAACAACAGGCUGCUCAAAUUUUCACCAGAUUAUAAACUGGAGUGGGUAUCUGGAGGAAAAGGGAACAACACAGGAGAGUUCUACAUCCCCCACAGUGUGGAGGUGGACGUGUUUGGGCAGGUCUGGGUGGCAGACAGGGCCAACAACAGGACACAGGUGUUUGACGGAGCAUCACAGCCCAGGUUCAUCGGGGAAUGGACAUCAUGUUUUAAAGGGGACGGCCCUUAUUCUGUAAGAUUCAGUGCGGAUAAGAAGUACCUACUGGUCAUCCAGUUAAACCUGUCACGCGUCUUAAUUCUGGCUGCUCCCUCAAAACCUGGUUUCCUUGGCAACUGCACAGUGAUUGACACCAUCCAGAUGGCUCCUGGUGUCAAGCCACACCUACUUUCUGUCAGCCAAUCAACAGGUGCCUUUUAUGUUGGAGAAAUAGGAGCCAAUCAGAGUCAAAAGUUUGUACCUAUGCACUGAGGAUUGCUUUCUUUUACCUCAUUGGCUGGCAAGAUUAAUAUUCUUUUACAUGGUGAAAUCCUGUAAAUGGUAAUUGUAAAUACAUAGAAAUAAAUGUCUUUAUGGAAAUGAUAUGCAAAUGCAAAAAACGAAUAUACAAUAUACAAUAUGUCAUUUAUUCUACUGCCAUAGUUUCUAAAUCAUUGUAUUGAUA